AUGUCUAACACAGUAGCAGAUACUUCCACCUCAUCAUCCUCAUCGACCACAGAUGGUAGUGGAAACGGCGAACUCAAAAACUAUGGUCGCCAACACUCCUCACCGACCGUCAUCAAAGCCCAAGCCCAGAAAAAAGAAUUCGACACUCAAGGUUUCGGAAAGGAAGAUUCCUCCUCUUCCUAUUAUCAAUCCGAUUUAGAUGCCAUCAUUUUUAAAUAUGAUAUUCAUCCCUUCUCCGUGUUUGAUAAGAUUGGAAGUUCCUCCUCUAAUUUUUCUUCUUCUUCUUCGACGGUUUUAACCGUUCCUCCCGCGCUCAAAGACUUUACGUCGGACCCUGAGCUCGAUUUGGUACAUCCAUUUUUUUCUGAAGCGAAAAAAAAAUAUCACAAGCUGGAUGAGAUUUAUCGAGAGCAAUUGGAAUUACUCACAUCGGGAGGUAAGAAGCGAUCGGAGAAGGAGAAGAUUGUGCAAAAAUCGAUGGAUGCAAAGGUGGAUAAGGAAGGAUGGUUGGUGAAGGAGGGUCGGUUUAGAAAGAAUUGGAAGAAGAGAUGGUUUGUGUUGAGUAGUAAUACGUUGAGUUAUUAUACAGCAAAGAAAAACAAGUUGAAGGGAAAAAUUGUAUUGGACGGUACUCAAAUUGUUCGAUUUGCCAAGAACAGAACAGACGAAUACAAGGGAUGUCUCGAAUUGUACACUCCUAAAGAUUCUACUUUCACAUCGGAUGGUAUGAAUAAUCGUUUCUUGAUUCAAAUGGAUGAUGCUAGCACAAAUAGUGACACCAAUGACGAAAAUGAUGACGAUGACGACGAUGAUGACGACGCUGUUGGAAGAACCUUAUAUUUUGAUGCUGAAGAUGGCAAUGAGGAUGAACGUCGUUCUUGGUAUAUCGCCAUCAACAACAAAAUUACCAUGUUAUACUAUACCAACUUGUGCUCUGGUUCCAUUAACGAUCAAGUGAUUGAAUUUUUCAACUCUACUCAAAAACAAAAGAAAUUUGUAUGCAAGCUCAAACAAGUGGAGGACUUGAUGGCCAUUAAGGAACCUUUGAAAUAUCACGAAUUUUUACAAACACUCAUUUUGAAGAAUAAUCCAAAUGUGUUGAAUCUCUCCAUCUUGUGUGAAGCUUUGACAAUCAACAAAUCCAUCACCAAAUUGGACAUUUCUGGGUGUGCCAUUAACAAUUUAGAACCUCUUGCUCAAGUCCUACAAAGUAACAAAACUCUCUCCUCUAUCAAUCUUUCACAUAACAAGAUUGAUGAUGCCCAAUUAAUUGCUCUCUGUGAAGCUCUACCAUCGAGUGGAAACUUGAGAUUAUUUGAAUUGGAUUUAUCGAACAAUUUAAUUAGCAAUGAAGGUGGAGCCGCCUAUGUUCAAACUUUGGCCAAACUUCAUUCUGUAAUUUACAUUGAAACAUUGCACUUGUCCAAUAACAAGCUUUCAGAUGAAGGUGCUCGUGCUAUUGCACAAACUCUACCAAAAUUGAGUCCACAAUUUAAACGUCUCGAGUUGGGAGGAAAUAGUAUUGGAAAUGAAGGAGCUGCAGCGUUGAGUGACGCCAUUCUGAACAUGAAUUCUAAAAGCAUGACCAUCACAUCCAUCAAUUUGGAAAAUAAUUUGAUUGGUUUCGAAGGAACAAGUUUAUUGAGUAAGAUUUUAGAAAAAGAAUUGUUAGAGGAAUUAAUAUUUGGUGGAAAUCGUUUAGGUAUCAAUGGUUUGCAAUGCUUGGCAAAAACAGGAAAACAAGAUUUCCCCGAAUUGGAAAUUAUUUCCAAGUGA